GGGAGCUCCUGCAUUCCCAGGCCACCAGCAAGCAGGUCACCGCCGCCCGCCAUGGCCCUGUGGACGCGCCUCCUGCCCCUGCUGGCCCUGCUGGGCCUCUGGGCGCCCACACCGGCCCCGGCCUUCGUCAGCCAGCACCUGUGCGGCUCCCACCUGGUGGAGGCGCUGUACCUGGUGUGCGGGGAGCGCGGCUUCUUCUACACGCCCAAGGCCCGCCGGGAGCUGGAGGGCCCGCAGGGCGGGGAGGUGGAGCUGGGCGGGGGCCCCGGCGCGGGCAGCCGGCAGGCCCUGGCGCUGGAGGGCCCCCCGCAGAAGCGCGGCAUCGUGGACCAGUGCUGCACCAGCAUCUGCUCCCUCUACCAGCUGGAGAACUAUUGCAACUAG